ACUACUUUCCAGCAAUGCGACAGUUGUAUAAAAGUUUUGGCAGGCAUUCGGUCUGUGCUGCUAUAAAGGCAAACCGAAUUUUACACCAGCCCCGAGAACAUUAUUCAAAAAAAAGUAAAUCCUCUCCUGCUUCAAGGAGUCCUCUGCGAGCCGAUUUUCAUUUGCGGAUAGUAUCACCAACGAUAGUGGUCGUCGCGACCGUACCAUCUCGAUCAAGUGCAUUAUCGAUCUAUCGUUUGCAUCGAUCGCGAUAACGUGCCACCCACCUAUAAAGAAGAGCAUUCAAGAAAAACAGAAAAUCCGAAGAAAAAGUAAGUGUGGGUUCAACGAAGUGCGUGAAUGAAGACCGUGAGGGAUACUUGAUGUCUGCGUUAGUGCCGUCAGUUUAUUCAAUGCGAAGAUCACCAUCCGUGGACAGCGACAAUGAAUACGAGGAAGAGGCGUGCGCGUCCGCGUCCGCGUCCGCCCUGCGUGUGCAGCUAGACCGCGCUUUGCGGAACAGCAACGGCAAUGCCAUCAACAGCCAAAUUCGAUUGGACGGAAGUGACAGCUACGGCUGUGCCAACGAGUCGAUGUGGAAUCAAGAGGCGGCGGUCGCACAGGCCUUUGCCUCCGCCGCAUCUGCGGCGGCAUCUAGUGUCAUGCCAGCUGCUGGCUCUAGCACUGGCGCGCCAAUGAUGUCGAGGAAUGCCAAUAUGCCAAACGACAUGGCCCCGGCUGCCACAAAGUGUAUGCAACAGAACAACCAUCGCCGGGCGUAUCCUUGCAAAGGCGAGCGCGAUCAAAUCGCCAACAAGCAGUCGGGCAACAGCAACAACAACCACCAUGGGGGCGGCGGAAAUAGCGAUGACCUGCGUCUCACCAAGAUCAUACGUCGCCUGCACACGGAAACGAACAACGCAGCAGCCCUCGAGCUGUGCAGCAAGCUGGCCCUGGCCGUUCGCACGCCCCUCAACAUGGCCUAUAUGGCGCGCUCCUUCGACCUGGUCCUCGAGAACAUGCUGAUGCUGUACAAGCACUGCGCCCCGCCUGUCCUCGAGGAGUGUAGCAAGACCCUCGGUCUGAUGGGCUACCUCAAUCGCCUGGCCUAUCCCGUCUACGAGGAGUUCCUUGUGAAGAACUAUCGCUCCUGCAAGCGCAUGCAGCACUACCUGACAGUCGCCCUAAGAACCACACUAAGCUGUGACACCAACUGCGAUCUGCAUUUGUACUCCGAGAAGAUGAUGCUGAUGCUGAAGGACUUUCUAGAGAGCGCUGAGAGUGCCGACAGCUUCAUGGACGUCAGCAGCACCAUUGUGCAGUUCUCGCGCAGCUACCGCCAUCCGUUAGAGUGCCACUUCACCGACGUGGUAGACAUCAUCAUUGGCUGGCAGCUGGAGCAGGGCCAGCCGAAGCGCCUAACGUCCCACUGUGCCCAGGUGCUCGAACAGCUGACGCCCUACUUCAGCAAACAGAUCGAGUUCAGCUAUGGCCUGCUGGCCCAAUUUGUCGAGGACAUCACGGUGCUCGAGGGCGAACAGGAGAACCAGGAACGCGAUGGGCAGCGGAAGGGUAGCUGGUCGGAGCGGCUGGGCGCUUUUGUAGGCGCCUUCAAUACGCUGCUCAAGUGCUCCGUCCGCACGCAGAUAUUUAAGGGCCAUCCUGCCUGCGAGUCGAUUGUCAAGGUGGCCGUCGAUCACAUCACCAGAAUCCUGCCAGGGGUUCUUCUCCUCCGUCCGGAUGCGGAUGCCGACGCCCUGAUCAACAUCAACGAGUUGCUGUGCAUCUGUCUAAUGCACAAUUUCGGCGGCAGCCUGCAGCCCGAGGCCAUAGAGAAGGUGCUGCUCGGCCAGUUCGAGCAGGUGUACCGCCUCAGCGAGAACCAGCGCCAAAGUGCGCUCUAUCUGCUGCUGUGCACGGUGCGGCGGCUGCGCGUCCGCCUGCCCUCGAGCCUGGUGCAACUGAUCUUCCAGUCGGGCCCCGACGGGCAUCCCUAUGUGGCCGAGGUGCGCCGCCAGACGGGCGGGCCGGCCUUCAAGAUGCUGCUGCGCGCCUGCCAGGAGACGCUGCUCAUCAAGAACGUGCCCCUGCUGCAGCAGGCGUACAGGCAUCUGGUGAGGGACAUCGAUGCCUGCAUGCAGGAGCUGCGUCAGAAGCACACCCAAACCACCGCCCGCACACCCCAGACGUACUCCGACUCCAACGAGGCCGUAAUAAUGCUCAUCUUCCAUUUGGCCGCCCUGGCGUCCCUCGCGAAGCAGACGUCCGCCAUCAUUGGGAUGUACGCCUGCCAGCCGUCGAUCCUGAAGCUGCUGAUCAGCAAUUGCCGUGCCCUGGACAUGUGCCUCUGGGCCAGAUAUCCCUCCACGCAUCAGGCGCUCCUUGGCCUGCUCGUCGUCCACUGCCAGGCGAACCACAACUUCCGCACCAACUCGAUUCUCUUCCGCGACCCCGGACUCGCCACGGAGAACACCUCGCCCACGGCGCACAGUUUCGAGUACAUCAUCCGCUUCCUGGACAGCAUCCUUACGAAGGCCGGCAGACUGGCGGCCGAAAAUCUAAAGCUACUGCUGCUAUGGACGCGGCUGCUACUGACCGAGUGCCGGGAGCGGGCGCCGCUGCUGCUGGAGCAAGACUGCUUCCUGGGCAUCUGCUACAGCGUUGGGGGCGCCGCCGCUAAGUGGCGGCCCCUCGAGAGUGCCGCCUGCAUGCAGGCAGUGCUCGACUUUGGCCCGCAGGCCCUCCACACCAAACAGGACCUGCUUGUCCUCUACCGCGACACGGCCCUCCAGCAGCUGCAGGUACUCACGACCAGCGGCCAUGCCCCCUACGCCCAGAUCUACGCCCAGCUGCCGCUGCACAUGACGCUGUUCGAGUCGGGGCUGCAGGGGCGUCGGGUGUGCGUGUGGCAGCAGAAGAUGAGCCAGUGCAGCGCCGUGCGGGACAACGUGUUCCAGCAGUUCGUGGAUCAUCUGCAGCGGCCGGAGCAGGAGCUGCUGACGCUGUGCCUGCGCGAGCUGUUCGUCCGCAGCUAUCAGGUGGCGCCGCCUGAUGAGCGCCAGGAGAAGCUCUCACAGUGCACGCGACGCUGCCAGCGCCUGGCCGCCGCCUGGCUGCAGUUCGAGGCGGCCCGCUACUGUGUCGAUCAGCGGCUGCGGACGACGCUCGGCAAGCCCCAGGAGACGUUCCUGGGCUUCGAGGCGGUGAUCAUGCGGCACGCCCGCCUCCUCAGCGGCUGUGCCAAGGAGGCUGAGCGCUCUUCCCUCGACGGCCUGUCGCUGGAGCAGCUGUCGGCCAUCCAGGUGAACCUGGGCAUGCUGUUGGGCUUCCUCGAUGCCCUCGAGAAGCUCAUCUACAACGCGGCCGAGGGCAGCGCCUUCGCCCUGCGCCCACCCGAGAAGCCGGUGGCCGCCUUCUUUCGCCUGAACAAUCCCACCUGCCAGUCGUGGUUCAAUCGCAUCCGUAUCGGCGUCGUCAUCAUAGCCAUGCACAUCCAGCAGCCGGAGCUGGUCAUCCGCUAUGCCCAACAAAUCCUCGUCACACAAAAGACGCAGGAUGCCACCUACAGCCAGGCGCUGGUGUACCUCGCCUGGGCCUGGAUCAGCUGCCAGGAGGCGGACUCCCUGCGAGGCCUGUAUGUGUGGGCGCGAGCGAAGAGCAGCAGCGGCAAGUCCUACCAGUGGUUGCAGCAUGCGGCAGAGCAGGCAGCCGGACGAAGAGAGGCUGCCUUGAGCGGCUACCAGAACGUGUUGGCCGAGGAGGGGCAGAGGCAGGAGCUGGAGCCGCACACACACCAGUUUGUCCUUGCCCAGAUGAUGCAGUGCCUCCAAGACACGGGCCAGUGGUCGCAGCUGGUGGACUUGAAGCAGCACAAGCUGCUUCGCCCCGAGGACAAGGAACUGAAUGCCUUCCUGCAGUGCCGCAACGGGGAUGUGAGUGCUUUCGAGCGGCUGCUGGCCAGAACUGAGAGCUCCUCCAACUCCAACUCCGAGGAACUGGACGUGGCCCUGCAGCAGCUUAGCCUGUGGCCCAGCAACUGGGAGAGCCACGGCGGAAGCCACAGCCACGUUAGCUUCUCCAAUCUCCAUGUGCGCCGCCGCCUGGAGGACAUCAUGCUACAUAAGACGCUGAUUGAGCCACAGAGCCUUCGCGAACCCCAGUCUCCAUCCCGCCAUCUGAUGGACCUCCACUGGCGCGACAGCCUCCUGAAUCCCAGCAGCGACCAGCGGCCCUGCCGCGAGCUCAUCCUCCUCAAGCACAUCGUCCAGGGGCUGGCCAGCGGGCAGGAGCUCUCCCUCCUGCCUCUGGUCGCAGAGCGGCGGCGUCCCUCGAACGUCUCCAGCGACAUAUUAGUCCGCUGCCUGGCCUGGACACAGCUCCUGCGCCAGCACUGCGCCGCCGGCAGCUGGGAGACCCUCUGCCUCGAUGCAGCGGCCGCUGCCCGCGACGAGGGCAACCUCCAGACAUGCCAGUCGCUUCUCACCAAGUAUUUCGGCCAGCCGCUGGAGGCGAUUACCCACAACCUGAAUGGAGGAGACGUCCUGGACACGGAGAACGCGCAGGUGCUGCGCAGCUACAGCGAACUGGCCAAGUGCCUGCACCUCCAGCAGACGCAGACGCCGUGCAUCAGCUCGGAUCUGGGGCCAGCGAUCAACGUGUGCGCCUCCCUGUGCCUCAGCCUGCACCGAGGGAGGAGCACCCACCCCCACCCGGACAUGGGCGCAGGGCUUCUGCUGACCCUCUCCGAGUGGAUCAGCGCCCGCAGCUGCUGCAAUGGUAAUGCCAUGGCCUUGGCCCCCAAUCUCCAGUCGCCCGCCGUCGACCAGCUGCUGGAGGAGCUCCCAGAAUGCCCGCUCACGCGAGGAUCCAGCUCCACCCAGCUGGUGGCCAUUCCACAGGGGGAGCGGCUGGUGGCCCGCCUCAUCCACGCCAGCCUCGAGCAGCGGCCUAACUGCGAGGAGGCGCUGAUCGCGUACGGCAACUGGUCCUACCGUUGGGGCAAGAAGAUCGUCGACAGCGGCAGCGUGCUCUCCCAGUCGGACGUGGCCGCCCUCAGUCGUGUCCUGGACCGCCAGACGCCGUUGGAGAGCGAACGCCUCAACGAGCUGCUGCAGGCCCUCAGCACGGAGCAGCCCCCCGCCGGAUGCGUGGAGGUAUGUCCCGAGGCCGCGAAGAUACGCGACGACGAAGCCUCCAAGAGCUGCCUGCGGCAGCUGAGCCUGCUGGAGGACCAACCGGACAGUGUCCUGGAGGAGAUCCUUCGGAUAUGGCGACAGGCCAUAGCCAACACGUACGAUUUCUACAAGGAUGCGGCCCGCUCCUACUUUCAGUAUCUCAGCAUCAAGGCGGAAACGGGAUCCGGAUUGAAACCGGGGCACUGCCAGAAGGGGGACAGAUUCCGAGUGGACGACAGCAAUCUGGUGACGACAACGCUGCGGCUCCUGCGGCUGAUCGUGAAGCAUGCCAGCGGGCUGCAGGACGUCCUCGAGCAGGGACUGCGCACUACGCCCAUUGCCCCCUGGAAGGUGAUCAUACCGCAGCUGUUCAGCCGCCUCUACCACCACGAGCCCUACGUCCGGAAGAGCGUGUGCGCCCUGCUCUGCCGCCUGGCGGAGAGCCGCCCCCAGCUGGUGAUCUUCCCAGCCGUCGUGGGGGCCAAUCGAGAGAAGCAGCAGCGGCAGGAGAUGGAGAAGGAGAAAGUGAGGGAGAAGGAGGAGCCACAGGACAAGAAAAACGCCUGCUACGGCUACCUGUUGGGCGCCCUGUCCAAGCAGGCGCCCGAGGCCGUCAAGCACGUACAGCUGAUGGUCGAGGAGCUGCGGAGGGUGUGCCUGCUGUGGGACGAGUACUGGAUCCACUCGCUGGCGCACAUCUACAACACUUAUGUGGGCCACGUGAAUGCCUUUGCCACGGAGUUCAAGCCGGACGAUCACGAGGGCAAGAACAACCGCUUCAACAGCUGGCGGCCGCAGCUGCUGCACGAUCUGGAGGCCCUCGUGGCGUUCACAGCCCGUCCGCCGGAGACCAGCUACGAGCGAAGCUUCCGCAGGCGAUUCGAUCUGCACAUCAAGUCCACGUUGGAGGUGCUGCGCACCCGUCCCUACCCGGAGGCCUGGGAGAAGCUCAAGCAGCUCUACCACAUGCUGCAGGCGAACAUGAUCCGGGGCACGGCCAUGACCCUCAAGAUGCAGACAGUCAGCCCCGUGCUGUGCGACAUCGGCCGGAUGCGCAUCUCCAUGCCCGGCUUGGACGAGCAGGACGGGUACGGCGCCGGCGACCAGGAGUCCGAUCAAGUCCAUAUCGAGAGUGUCGAGGCUACGGUGUACAUCCUGCCCACAAAGACGAAGCCCAAGAAGGUGGCCUUCUACGGCAGCAACGGGCAGCGGUACACGUUCCUCUUCAAGGGGCUGGAGGAUCUGCAUCUGGACGAGCGCAUCAUGCAGUUCCUCUCCAUCUCGAACGCCAUCAUGGCUUGCCGCAGGGACCAGCCCCGCCCCCAAGGCUGUGCGGCCACCUACUACCGCGCCCACCACUACUCCGUGAUCCCGCUGGGCCCCCAGUCGGGGCUCAUCAGCUGGGUGGACGGCGUCACGCCGCUCUUCGCCCUCUACAAGAAGUGGCAGCAGCGCCAGCCGGCCAUCGCCCCGGGUGGAGGCGGAGGCGGCGGUGCCCCCUCGCACCGCUUCACGGACCUCUUCUACAACAAGCUGACGCCGCUGCUGGCCAAGAGCGGGCUCAGCGUGAACGAUCCGCGCCGACAGUGGCCCAUCGCCGCCCUUCGUCAGGUCCUCAGCGAACUGUCGGCGGAGACGCCCAGCGAUCUGCUCGCCCGCGAGCUGUGGUGCCAGGCGGGCAAUGCCGCCGAGUGGCGCCAGUCCGUGCGCCGCUACUCCGCCUGCAUGUCCGUCAUGUCGAUGAUCGGCUAUGUGAUCGGCUUGGGCGAUCGCCAUCUGGACAACGUGCUGAUCAACCUCGGCACCGGCGACAUCGUCCACAUCGACUACAACGUCUGCUUCGAGAAGGGACGCACGCUGCGCAUACCCGAGAAGGUACCCUUCCGUCUCACCCAGAAUUUGAUCAAUGCCCUCGGCAUCACUGGCAUCGAGGGCGCCUUUCGUCUGGGCUGCGAGUACGUGCUGAAGGUGAUGCGCAAGGAGCGCGAGACCCUGCUUACCCUACUGGAGGCGUUCGUCUACGAUCCCCUCGUCGACUGGACGCUGAACGACGAUGCCCAGGCACAGCGACGCUCGAUCAAUCCCAAGCAGCCGCAGGCGGAGAGCAGUGCCAAGUGCCACAAGAACAAAGACAAGGCCCAGCGGCACCGCGCCCCCAACUGGGAGGCCAAGCGUCCGCUCUUCACCGAGAAGCUGGCUCAAUUGCACAAGUUCUGGUCCACCAAUGAGGAGGAAAUCCUACUGCAGCUGCAGGAAGUGGGACAGGAGGUGGGCCAUUUGCAGGCGGCCCAAGUGAAGCGCCUGGCAGCGGAGAAAGAGCUCGAGGAGCUGAACGAGCGCAGCGCCCUGGUGGCGGAGAUCAAGUCCUUGGGGCCGGCCAUGAAGAGCCACAGCUUCAACACGGCCCCGUUGCGGCUGCAGCAGACGCGCAAACACCUGGCCACCCUCAUGGAGCUGACGGUGGAACGGCGGGCGGACUUUGCAUUCGUCCAGUGCAUCCUCGCCAGCUACAGGCAGUGCCUGCAGCCGUACCACCUCUCGCAGCUGUACGCCCAGCUGCAGUCGCUGCACCUCGACGAGGGAGGUGGCGUCGGCAGGUGGCACGAGGAGCACCUGGCCCUGGCGGAUGUGCUGCAGAUCUACGUCCCCGGAGCUCUCCUGGAAGGAAUCGAGAGCACGCGCACGCAGGUGGACUCCCUGCUGGCAGGCAUCAAUAAGGGGGCACGCCACUGCGCGGAUCUCAUGCAGAAGUACGCGGCCGUGAUGGCCUUCUAUCCAAACCAGUGCCAUCGGCAGAACCUUUUGGUGCGCUUCCACGAGAGCUAUGCGGCGUACCUGCAGCUGGAGGGAGCCGUCGAUCCGGCGGCCACCAGUGCCUCCAUCUGCGCGACGAGCGUGACGAAUCUGGCCGAUACGCUGGAGGUGGUGUGGCUGCAUCUCGGCUGCCAGCUGCACGACGCCGCUCAGCGGCUUUCCGUCAAGCAGGUGCAGAUCCACAGCCUCGUGACGCCCACGCCGACGGCAACCAUACUCCAUAUGCUUCUCCAGAGCGAUUGCAGUCUGCUGCUGCUCAGCAGCCGACUGAAGCGCACCCUGGACUUGACCACAGCCUCCUUCCGUUCCUACGAGGCGCUGGCCAUCGCCGAGCAGGACAAAGAGCUCCUGCUGCAUCAGGUGCACUACAUCCACGUGGUGCGGUCCAUGUGCCACGGCGUACUGGGCGCCAGAAGGAACAGCAUUGGCGGCGUUGGCGGCGGCGACGGCCACGACCAGCAAGAGCAUGAGCUGCAUCUCGGCCUGCUGGAUACCCUGCUGACGGCUCUCAUGCAGCUAACGCGGCUGUUCGAGUACGACCUGCCAUUGAGCAUAUUCCGGCAUCUGCUGCUCCAGCCCAAUCUCGACCAGCUACACGAGCUCUCCAAGCUGGGGCCGAAGCGGCUGCAGCAGCUCUACAUCGACACUCUGGUGCUGGCCGAGCAGCGGCCCAAGGAGACGUCUGAGCAGCAGCGAUUCAUGCUCUCCCUGCAGCCCGUCCAACAGCAGUUCCAGCUGGUCUCUAAGGCCCUCGAUGACAUGCGGAAGUGCUUCCAGCAGUGGAUCGACGACAUAAAUGCCUCUAAUGCCCAGCAGUACCUGGAACUGAACCUCUUUAAGGAACACCAGCUGGAGCUGAACGACCACUGCUUCUUUCAGUUAAUCCAUCAGACCCUGGCGACCAGCAGCAGCUGCGAUGUGCGCGAGAUGGCGCGACCCAUGGGCACCCUGUUGCACUGCAUCCAGAUGAAGUGCGUUUCGGGACUGCUGCCCCUGGUGGCCUAUGACUACUACACCGGAUACGGACCCACCUGCCUGCCACCCGAGAGUAGCUUUUCGCCCGCAGAAGUGGAAAAGGCCGAGCAUUUGUGCGGGGGCCUGUGCAUGGCCCUGCAGACGGAAGGGGGACUGCGGCAGCUGGAGCAGGAGGUGGCCACGAUCAGCCAGCAGAUCGAGCUCCACUCGCUAGUGGCAUCCGCCCAGUACUGGGGCUACUCAGAGGCCCUCGGAUCGCAGCUGCGCGGCGGACUGUACAUCGUGGGCCGCAAAAAGCUGACGUCGGACAUUGGCCACAGCUGGGGCGGCCUGGUGCGGAGCGUGGACGGGCUGGAGAAGCUGUUGCUCAGCCUGGACGCACAGCUGGGGCAGCUCGAGGCUCUGCGGAGCAACUGGAACCGGAACCACAUCGACAGCAUGUUGCGCAACGCGCAGGAGCAACGCCACCAGGUGGCCGCCCAAUUGGCUCUCGUCCGGCAGGUGAUGGAGGGGGCCAACGCCGUUUGCCAACUCGAGCAGAUCAUAACUGAGCCGGGAGGCUCCGGAAUAGAGAUCGCUGCCCUGCACAACCAUCUGGAGCAGUGGCUGGCGGCGUUCGGCAACUGGAAGGCGAGCUGUGCAAGCGUCAGUGCGGUGGAGCAGGCCGUGGUCGAGCUGCUGGACCCCGAGGAUGGAAUCGACGACUACUGGCUGCAGAAUGUCCAGGGCCUGAUCGAGGAGCAGACGUGCAAGGUGCAGCGUGAGUUUGCCAUACUCUCCGGGGAGCAGCAGGCCAAGCUGCGGUUCAUCUGCACCCUGCUCAAGGAGACGCAGCGUCUGCUGGAGCAUGUGCCGCGCUUCUUUGUGGGCAACUUCUGUUCGAAUGCCACCAAGGCCAUGGGGCACGGACACGGGGGCAAGGCGGUGCCCGCGGAUGUGCAGCAGCUGUGCGACCAUCUGCGCGACAGCCAGAUGCUACUGCAGACCUUCCUCGAGCACCUGACCGUCCUGCGCAAGGACAUCUGCGCAGAGCGGCACGUCCUACAGCCGGAGCUCGUUGCAGGUUGGCAAAAGCAGCUGCAGCAGAUCCAGGCCAUGGCCGGCCAGGAGGUCAGCGAAUACUUCAAGCGGAUCAAGGAGCUGCUGCUGCAGGUCGCCGACUCCGAUUCCCUCACAUACGACACCUUUACGCACACCAAGGGUGCCGCCAAUCUGCACGAACAGAAGCGCAAUGCCUAUGGCGUGUCCGUCUGGAAGAAGAUCCGCAUGAAGCUGGAGGGCCGUGACCCGGACGGCAGCCAGCGGAGCAGCAUUGCCGAGCAGGUGGACCAUGUGAUAAGCGACGCCACCAAUCCGGACAAUCUGGCCGUCCUCUACGAGGGUUGGACGCCGUGGGUCUAGGGCCCGCCAGGAUAAACGGCCGCAUUUUGGCCUUACUGACAUAACGCACUACCCCAGCGGAGGGGGCGAGGGGGGCGGACCACUACAUUCAACACUUGGGCGAUAACACUUCUGGCAUAGCCGGGACGGGCUGGGACUCCACCAGCCUGUAGCCAGUAGCCAGGGGAAGACUCCCCAGUGCCAUGGCGGACGGGACACCACCACUCCAAUCAAAUAAAAAUACUGAUAGAAAGCGAAUGCGAGUGCGACUCCGAAUGCGACGGUAACUUCGAGAGCAGGACCAGGACCAAGUUUACUACACAACUACUCCUCUCCGAAUAGUCUUGGGCGAGGGUCGUACAAAGGGGACAUACAUUGGACACAUCUGCUCCCAUCGAUGAGCGGAAAGACAGACUCCCGAAACACCCGAUCCUAUCUGUGCUGGAUCUACGCAAAAUUUUACAAGUUUUAUAUUCGUUUUUCUAGAUACCGAUACAAUACCGGGUACAUUGUUUAAUUAUAAUUUUUAAGCUGAUUUUGUGCCAGCCCCACCCCGCGUCUCCCCCAGUCCGCUCUGAAAUUUUCUGUGUUUCAAUUUACGCGCAGCCAUAGUAAAGUUACCCCCCAUCCCCCAUGCCCCACCCCUAUAUAUAUACCCCCAACCCAACCCCCUAUAUAGAUCCGCCUCGCCCUUACCCGACAGUGCGCGUCUGUCUGUCUGUGUCCUCCUGCCCACGGGCUACGAAAGCCAUAGUUUUAAGCAGGGACCGUAGCCAUAAGUUUUUUUUUAAAUGGGAACAAAGUAGGAACAUUUAGGCUGUGGAUACGGGAUUGUCUGUGGCCUGAAGGGCCUCUGCCAAUGAAAAAGAAAAGGAUGGCAGUACUUUAUUUGUUUAUAGAUAUGUACGUAAAUAUAUAAUCAUGCCAUGGAAAGUUUCUGUAUUUUGAUGGCCAGUACUCCAAAAAGCCCGCAAGCCAGAUGUCUGUCUAGCGCUCAAUAUCAAGUUCUUUUGAUUGGAAAUCUGUUUUGGCUCGAUUAUAUAUGCAUAUCGCAUAUAUUACCUUUCAAUCCCAAAUGAAUACAGUCCCUGAUUUCCUAAUUUGGAGAUGGUUUCUGUCAGCAGAUCACAGAUCUGCUCAGUGCCAUAAAAUGUAGAGCUACAUGAUUCCAAAAAGCCUGUCUAAGGUCGUUGGAGUGUCUCGUGAUGGUCGACGAUUGUAUUGUAUUGUUAUUUAUAUACCCUUGCAGUUCCACAACCAAUAAACGUGUGUUGCCAAUACUUA